AGCACACACAUGACCCGGGUCACAUGACGGUAAGUCUUGAUACUACCUCCUGGUUCAGACGGACUGGCUACACGGAGCGAGGCUAGCUGUUAGCUUCAACUGUCCAGACGGCCGAGAUGAGUUUCCUAGGAGGUUUGUUUGGGCCUGUAUGUGAGAUAGAUGUCCUGCUGAACGAUGCAGAGAACAGAAAGACAGCCGAGUUGAAGACAGAAGAAGGGAAAGUGGAGAAACACUACCUGUUCUAUGAUGGAGAGUCUGUAUCUGGCAAGGUGAAUCUAAAUGUGAAGCAGGGAGGGAAGCGACUGGAGCAUCAGGGCAUCCGCAUCGAGUUUGUUGGACAGAUAGAGCUGUUCUCUGAUAAGAGCAACACCCAUGAGUUUGUGGACUUGGUGAAAGAGCUCGCUCUGCCUGGAGAACUCACCCAGAACAGGAGCUACGACUUUGAGUUCAUGCAGGUGGAGAAGCCCUAUGAGUCCUAUACUGGGGCGAAUGUCAGGCUAAGGUAUUUUCUCAGGGUGACAAUAGUACGUCGUCUUUCUGACUUAGUGAAAGAAUACGAGCUGAUUGUCCACCAGUUAGCCACCUACCCAGACGUCAACAACUCGAUCAAGAUGGAGGUCGGCAUAGAAGACUGUCUGCACAUUGAGUUUGAAUACAAUAAAUCCAAAUACCACCUUAAGGACGUGAUUGUUGGGAAGAUCUACUUCCUGCUGGUCAGGAUCAAGAUCCAACACAUGGAGUUACAGCUCAUCAAGAAGGAGAUAACAGGCAUAGGUCCCAGUACUACCACAGAGACAGAGACGGUUGCAAAGUAUGAAAUCAUGGAUGGAGCUCCAGUUAAAGGAGAAUCAAUUCCCAUCAGACUGUUCCUGGCAGGAUAUGACCUGACACCCACCAUGAGGGAUGUCAACAAGAAGUUCUCUGUACGCUACUUCCUUAAUCUGGUGCUGGUGGAUGAAGAGGACAGAAGAUACUUUAAACAACAGGAGAUUGUUUUGUGGAGAAAAGCUCCAGAGAAGAUGAGGAAAAGAAACUUCCAUCAGCGCUACGAGUCGCCUGAGCCCCGAACCCAGCCGGUUACUGCAGAGCAGCCAGAGAUCUGAGGGCGAUGCUAUGAACUGAAAAUACACACAGACACACACCAACUCUUCACUGCUGAACAGCCAGAGGUGUGAGGGCUGCCCCACUAUCUUCCUGGACUGAGAAAUGUAAACAUGAAUACACAUAACAUAUCUUCAGGCAUCCCCAUCACCACACUACAGCCUCAGGUGUGAGCUGUCCGACCACCUUCACCCCCCCUCCCACCCCAGGACUGAAACACACUUGCAUACAGACGCACAAGCAUACAAUCCAAGAAGGCGGAGAGCUAAAUGUCAAGGCAAGAGUGGAAAUCAAACCUGACCCGAUAAGGAACCGUGAGGCAGCCUGUUUGAUCUUGGCGUCUCAGACUGAAAACACACAGAUGAAGCCAUACAUUCUCAGUUUGCUGAAUGCAGAAAAAAAAAACCAAGAGCAUAGACGAAAAAAGAGGAGAUGGCUACAAACGACCACCACACCGUUUAUCCAUUUCUUCUGCACCUGGAGCUUCUUUUGUUUGCACAUUUGAACAGCACUUACCCUGAAUUCUUCUCUGGCAUCCUUCCUCCCACACCUCCCUACAAAAUUUCUGGAUGUGCUAGCCAGUGAUUUAAAGUAUUUAUCAUGUGGGGAUCAGCCUGAACGGAGGACAUGAGAGGCUAAGCUAUGAGUCAACACACGCUCUGUUUAUUCACAAUAACUGAGUUGAAGCUAUAAAGAUGUCACUGUGCUGUCGUUCAUCCAUCAAUCCGGAUAUUCAAGAGCUUCUCAGUUGUCGUUUAGUGUAUUGCAACAGUCCACAGGCUGCUUCUUCCAUGCAAAGGUCAAUUUAGUGCAAAAACAAAUGUCCAUCUUUACAUAAAUUUCAUCUUCAAAUGUCUGUUUUGUGAAAAUGAAAACAUUUUCCACCCUUGCAUAUUUUCAGUUCUAGUAGACAUUUAAUUCCACACAAGUAAUGUGUUUGUUUAAAGAUGGACAUUAUCAUUUCAGUGUCACUUAUUUCAUAAAAUGGUUUAACUCAAUAGAAAUCAUUUAGAGCUGCAUCUAAUGAUUUUAUUUCAUUAUCGAUUAAUCAGCACAUGCUUGUUUAAUCGUUUAGUCUUUUAAAUGUCAGAAACAAAAAGUGAAAUGGUUCCGUCACAAUUUCAAGGAGCCCGAAGUUACAGUCACAGCCCCAGUCCCAAAAAUAUUUAAAUGACAGUAAUUAAUAGAAAGAAACGCAGCAAAUUCUGACAUUGGAGAAGCUACAACCACAGAAUGUUUGACCAUGAAAAUCGUUGGCGAUUUGUUUUCUGACAAUCAAUAGACUGGUUGUUGCAGUUUUAAAAGCAUCAUACAUUUAAAUUCACUGCUUAUUAAAAUAUAUUGAGCUCAAUACAACAUUUUAGUCCCUUGUUAGUAUCAAUAUUUGAUACAGAUUUCAAUGAUGAGGUCUGUCUGUUACCACAGGAUCUCCAAACAGAGUUGGAGAUUUAGUUUUCUUAAGUCAACUUAUUUCUCUGGCACGAGGCCUUUUGUUCUAACCUCAAAGUGCUGUUUAUUUAUGCCUAAUCUUGAAGAAUAGAAACCGUUUAUUUUUUGUGUUCCCUAAGUUAUUUCAAGGGUCGGUUCACCCAAAUUACCCCCCCCCCCCCCCCCCCUUUUUUUUUUUUUCUCCAAACCAGAUAUUUGGAUUAUCUGGAUUAACAGGGAGUUAGAUUUCGGUGCUUUGUCCACCACAAAUUAAAUUCCAUUGACCUCCAUUUUAUUGGAGUGGAGAAAGAGAGAUAUAAAAACUUAGACACACUACAUCUGUAUGGCUAAAUAGAAAAUGUGUUUAUUUGUAAUUUGGGUCACCUGAACCUUUGUCAGCUGACUUUCAGUUUGUUGGAUUAAGAAUUCAAGACCUUAAAAAAAAAGGAUUACAAGUUGGGGAAGUUGUCCGCCUACCUGAAAAUGAAUGUCCUGCCAUCACCACACGAGUAGCCAUUAAUGCAUUUUCAGUGAUUCAAUAGAAAAAUGAAGUGAUGCUAGCCAUGAUCAGCUGACUGCAAAAUAAUUUUCUUUUUCAUCGGUUGCAGCAUUUUGUGAGCCCGUUGGUUUGGUAUGAGUAAAAUACUAAUGUUAAAAAAAGGCUCAUGUCUGCUGUUGUAAGCACUGGAACAGAUGCUGUAUCAUUAUACUGUAAAAUCCAACAAUAUUCCACUGUGACGCUCAGACCGGCUGUUUAGGUCCUGCUUUAAAGACACGCACACACUCACACACAGUUUGGUGACGUUACCGGUCUUGUGUGUUGGUUGAAUUUGCCCUUAAGCUCUGAUCUGUGGCCAGUUUUGCACUUUCCACUCCGAUGCUUAACUUUGUUUCAAAGGGGCAUGGAAGCUGAAACUAAACAUCACUCAAGGACAACUUCACCUCAGAGAUCUCCUGUGUCUGAAAUGGAAAUUAUACUGUCAUUUAUAUAUCACUACUUGUUUUAAUUGGAGUGAAUAAGUACAAUAUUUUGUUGCUUUUUUUGUUUCAUGUUAAAUGUUUUCAUUUCAUAAACCUCUGAACACUCACAUCCACGGUUCAGAUUUGUUUCAUUGCAAUCUGGUUUCCUUUUGUUUGGGAACUGUGUAAUUUAUUUGCCGGUAACGCUUUCUUUCUGACAUAUUUUCUGUCUUUUAAA